AUGGCAGCUACGAAAGACCCGCAAAUUACGAUUCUUAAAACAAUUGAAGCAGCCUUAAAACUUAUCGACACCAAAAGGGACAACCUUAAAAAAGCCUAUGAUGAUCUCCAAUCCCACCCUUCUCAUCUCCUCUCCUCUUCCUCCUUCUCUCUCUCAUGGGUCGACCUCGAUUCUCACUUCUCCUCCGUCCAAGACAACCUCACUCGCCGCUUUCACCUCCUCCAAUCGAGUACUGAACCUCUCCACUCAGUUGCGACUCGCCGUGCGUUGUCGGGUGCUACUGGGCAAGAUUCACCAUCGUCUUCUAAACCUCCGUGUCUCGACUCCGAGGCGACUCGCUCCAAGUUGAAGCGAUCAACUACUCAGACUUCUAACACGGUCGACCCUGCGCGGUCUGAUUUGAUGUCUCUAUGUGAGAAGAUGGAUGUGAAAGGAUUGAAGAACUACAUGAAGCAGAACGCUAACAGACGGGGUGAGAUCCGGGACAAGCUAUCGGGUGCAAUGUCGGUUGCCCCGGACCCGGGGGCUUUAGUUUUGGAUGCAAUGGAAGGGUUUUAUUCAUCAAAAGCCAACUCAAAAGGCGACAAGGAUAUUGAAUUGUGUCGUUUAAGGAGGACCUGUUUGGACAUAUUAGAGGCCUUAGCAAAAAAUAAGCCAACUUUGAGCAUGGAAGUGAAGGCAAGAGCUAAAAAGUUAGCUUUGGAGUGGAAAGCAAAAGUGACUUUGAAUGGGGAGAGCCCUUUAGAGGCACUGGGAUUCUUGCAUUUGUUGGUGGCUUACAAUUUGAAGAACGAGUUUGAUGUGGAUGAGCUUGUGGAUUACUUUGUCGUUGUUGCUAGGUUCAAGCAGGCUAUAGUUCUUUGUCGAGCUAUUGAUUUGGGAGAGAAAACCUCUGAUCUCAUUCAAAAACUUAUAGACAGUGGCAAAAGAUUUUUGGCUGUCAAAUUUAUCUUUGAAUUUGGACUGGUGGACAAGUUCCAACCAGUUCCUCUCUUGAAGGCUCACCUGCAGGAGUCCAACAAGUUUACUAAGAAAGUUUGCAGGGAUGGAAAGAGCCCUAUCCACACAAAGAAUGAGGCCAGAUCCAGAGAAGUUAAUGCAUUGAAAUCAGCACUUGAACUCAUUGAUGAGUAUAAGCUCGGAUCUGAGUACCCACGAAUGGACCUCGAGAAGCGUAUUGAGAUGCUAGAAAAACAGAAGGCAGAGAAUAAAAGUCCUGCUGCAUCUGCUGACAACAAGUCACCACAGCAGCAAAAGCAUCAGCCAAAGAAGCAGCAGCAGGCUGGAAACAAGCGUCCUCGAACUUCAGCAGCAGCAGCAGUUGAGAAUAGUAUCGUUGCUUCCCAUCCACUUAUUCCUCCUUUCCAGCAAUCUCACUUACAGCCAGCAGGUUUGUUGCCAGCAGCUGGGCCGUAUGGGUUAGUGGGUUCUAUUCUUCCCACCAUUCCUUAUGCAGGUCCACCAGCUCACCCUUAUGGUUUGGCGAGAGCUGAUAUGGGAUUCCCUGGGAACCCAAGCUCUGCCCAUCAAUACUUUCCAGAAUCACAUAUGCCAUCUAGCUUCUAUGACAGAGCAGCUGCAUAUGGUGGAUAUGGUUUGCCACCUAAAUACCACCCAGGUUACUAUUCUAAGUAG